GCAAGUUCUAUUUAGGUGACACUCUGAGUCGAGCAUCGUUGCCAAAUACUGAACAGGAGAAUUACAAAGAAUUCCAGGAAGUUCAUAUGGUUCUUGCAGUUUCUGACGAGCGAUAUAAGGAAUUCCAGAAGGAGACUAAAACCGAUCCAGAGCUACAAGCAGUCCUUACGUUAGUGAAGAGUGGUUGGCCUGACACGAAACAACAAGUUCCCGUUGAAGCCAGACCUUACUGGACCUUCAGAGAUGAAGUUGUAACAGCAGAUGGGUUGCUCUUCAAAGGAACACGCCUAAUCGUGCCAAGAGUUCUUAGAUCAGAUAUGCUUUGUCAAAUCCACAAGAGUCAUUUGGGGAUAGUCAAAUGCAGACAAAGAGCCAGAGAUGUAUUGUUUAGGCCUGGCAUGUCAGUACACAUUGAAGAAAUGUUUACCAAUUGUAGCGCGUGUGCAGAUUAUGCGAAUAAGCAACCUUCAGAACCUUUGAAACCAAUCGUUCCUCCAAAGUUUCCGUAA